UCGAACCACUUCCGUCGAACCAAAUUCCGUGUGGCAGAACCGAUUUCCGAUACCUACUUCAUCCUCGCCAAACGAACCUACACGCUUCUACCUAGUCCUAGUGACUGCGUGCGACAGCGGCGACUCGACUCGCCCCCGAUCAACAAACGAACGUCACCAACACCAUGUCUUCCGAAGAGAGCUCCGCCGUGCCUCCUGCGCAGAAGGGAUCAUGGACGGGAUUCCUGAAGCAACUGUCGUCUUUCAAUGGCGAUCUCUCCGCUAUGACAGCUCCUGCGUGGAUCGUCUCGAACACGUCCCUCACCGAGUAUGCCGCAUACUGGGCGGAAAUGCCACAGCUCCUGGUCGCCCCAGCAGCAGAGAAGGACCCGCAAAAGCGUAUGGCGCUCGUCUUGAAGUGGUUCCUCAGCACACUGAAGUCCCAAUACGCGAGCCGCAAUGAAAAGCUUGGAAGCGAGAAGAAGCCACUGAACCCAUUCCUGGGAGAGCUGUUCUUGGGCAAAUGGGAAGAUGCGUCCGGCGAGACUCAACUAGUCAGCGAGCAAGUCUCCCACCACCCACCCGUCACCGCAUACAGCAUCUGGAACAACAAGCAUGGAGUCCGGCUCCAAGGAUACAACGCGCAAAAGGCAAGCUUCGGACGCACGAUUCACGUUCGUCAGGUCGGGCACUGCGUUCUCCACCUCGACCAGUGGAAUGAGGAUUAUGUGGUCACUCUUCCCGCUCUCCAUAUCGAAGGCCUGAUUCGAGGUUCGCCAUACGUCGAGCUCAACAAGAGCAGCUACAUUGUCUCAUCUUCCGGCUAUGCUUCUCGCAUCGACUACUCUGGCGCCGGCUGGGUAUCGGGCACGAAGAAUUCCGUGACCGCCACCGUCUAUCCACAUGGCAAGGAGAAGAGCAAGAGCAGCGUCCUCUUUACCGCUGAGGGAAGCUGGACGGACACAAUUACUUUCAAAGACUCGAGCAAGAACGUCGUCUACACACUCGAUACGAAGAAGGAGCCAAAGUCAACGCUCCAGGUCAGGGACAUUGCAAACCAGGAUCCUCUCGAGUCCCGCCGUGCAUGGCUGAAGGUGUCAGAGGCUAUUCAGAAGGGCGACAUGAACUUGACCUCGCAGGAGAAGACGAAGAUAGAGGAGUUCCAGCGUGCCCAACGGAAGAAGGAGGCAUCGGAGGGGCGUGAGUGGGAGAGGACUUUCUUCUGCAAAGCGAAUGGUCUACCUACAUUUGAGAAGCUGAUCAAGGAAGUGCCGCACGGAAGCCUCGAGUCAGACCAGACCGGAGGUGUGUGGGUGUUUGACGAGAACAAGGCCAAGAACGCUCAGCCGCCGUACAACCCGUUGAGCACGGAGCUUCAGGGCGGAUGGAAGUGA